UUGGUGGGUAUCAUUCAAUAAAUUUGAUGGUUUUACCUCGUAACUUUAGAAAUAUGCUGUCUGACCAUUUGUUGAAUAAACAGCUGUUUAUGGCGGUUUUAUUAUAAAUAAAUGUGGGUGAAUCUUGAUGCUGCCUGGUCAUACUUUUUUGGGGUUUAACUGGCACGAAAAAAGGCGUGCCUGCUGUAAUUUUAUUGAAAUUUAGGGAUUGACCACUGUCGUGCAUGAUUUAUCCUUUAGAAAUUCUUGUAUGUAGGUGGGUCUUAAUCAAGCUUCAGGAUCAGGUAGGGCAAGAAGAGAUGCUGCAGCUCGUGCAAUGCAGGGUUGGCACUCCCAGCGUCUUCUUGGCAAUGGGGAGGUUGGGGAUCCAAUUAUUAAGGAUAAGAAUUCAACUUCUACACCAAAGCGUGAAAAACAGCUUAAAAGCAUUGGUUUGCUGAAGCGUAAAAGGCCAUCUGCUGUUGAGCAUGCUGUCAAAGUUGUGUGCAUGAAAACAUCGAAACCACAGUUGGACAUAAUGGUUGUUGAUAUUGGCCCUCCUGCCGAUUGGGUGAAAAUCAAUGUACAGAGAACCAAAGACUGCUAUGAGGUAUAUGCUUUAGUUCCUGGGCUUUUGCGUGAAGAGGUGCGUGUACAGUCUGAUCCAGCGGGGCGUUUGGUUAUAUCUGGUCAACCAGAGCAACUGGAUAAUCCCUGGGGAGUCGUUCCCUUCAAAAAGGUUGUGAGCUUACCUUCUAGGAUAGAUCCUCAUCAGACAUCUGCUGUGGUUACCCUGCAUGGCCAGUUGUUUGUGCGUGUACCAUUUGAGCAGUCAGAUCUCUAGAAUGUUGGGAUGAUUUUCUUGCAAUGCAAAUCUUCCCUUGUGCAGUCCAAGCUUAUACUGAAGCUUGUCAAUGUGUAGCUAAUGUAUCCAUUCGGGGAUGAUUAAAAUUCCUUUCUAGGACUUGAACCUCUGGUGUAGUUGAUUGUCUUAAAUUAAUAGAAUCAUAUGGUUAUGGAGGUUAUGCAGUUAGGAGUCAAUGCAAAAGCCCGUGUUGCUAGUGAACUCUAUAUCAAAUUCUGUCGUAAGGUAAUAUGGCAGUUUUUCCUUUGCAUUUUCUGGUCUUGCUACUUCAUUGCUUGAUUUUGUUGUCCAAUAGCUCCAAGAAAUUGUGGCUUGUGGUCUGCUUAUUUAUCGUUUGACUUCUGAGUAUUUUAUUAAAUUAGAGAGCGAGUGG